AGGGAAAAAACCCCGAUUGAAUUUAAUUUACAGCCAAACGUGACAAACACACAUCGUGCAGAAAAAGCCAGCCAACAUACUGUUUCACUUUCAGUUAAAUUUGUGAAUACGUUGCCGGUUAAUAAGUGUGGGUAUUUGUUUAAGAAUCCACCGCACAAACUUUAAAUACUUUCUCUAGUUAGAUUAAUUGGGCAAUUAAACUCCCGCCGUGGCGCAACGGCUAAGAGGGUCUGUGCCAGCUACUAGCAAUUGUGGAAUCUCAUUGGAACGAGAUGGCAAGCUAGCUGUCAAAUCCAGCGUGGGGACGGACCAAAAUCUCGGAAAACUUCGUCGAUCAGUAAUUAUUUCAGAAUUGGACCACUUAAGAGGAACCGAGAUUAGUCUGGCAUUAAAGCAGUGUGCUAUGGGAACUGAGAAUUGAUGGAAGGCCGUAUUGUUUAAACGAAUCAAGAUGUGUUCAAUUCCUGAACUCCCAACACCUGGUUCAAAUGUAUCAGUUCUCAUCAAGAGAGUGAAUUUGAAUCCUCUCUGUGUUCUCGUAGAGUUUUGGUGUAACUUUGAUCAAGAGAGGAAAAUCGCCCAUCAAUGUUUACGAAAAGACAUUCAGUGUCCCAGAGAAGCCUUUCGGGAGCUGGAGGGAAAUCCAGGGGACCAGUGCUUGGUCAGUGUAUUUGAAACAUGGUACCGGGCACGCAUAGUAUCCAAAAAUGGCUCCAACUACAAUGUGUUUCUCAUUGAUGAGGGCAGAAGCUUAAGUGCCACCACUGGCAUGUUGGCAUGGGGUCACAGUGAGUUCUUUCGUCUACCACCAGAGGUCGAAUUCUGUGUUCUCUCCAACGUGUUACCGCUGUCUACAGAAAACAGGUGGUCUCCAGUGGCAUUGGAGUUCCUGAAAUCUCUCUGUGGACAACAAGCCACUGCUUCUAUCCAAGAUGUCCUGGUGCCCCACAGAACCUUCCUCCUGGAUAUCCCCAGCAUAUCCAGGCAGAUGUACGAAAUGGGAUUCGCCAAGAAGCUUCCAACUGAAAGAUUCAGGCUUUUUGUUUCAAGGUCAUUGCAGGCACACAGUGGAGCAGCUACGUCAAACAAACCUCAGCAGAUGUCAAUGAAAAAUGAUCCGCUGGACCGACACGAACUGAUGGAAAAGCAACAACAGUACAUGUAUCCUGAGCUUCAAACGGAAACCGUGGAGACCGUUAUCAUCACCGAAGUCACAAACCCCCUGCGUCUUUUCUGUCAGCUUAAGGUCUUCUCGCAAGAGCUGAGGAAGCUAACAGAGCAGAUCACCCAGUACUACGAGGGCCGAGUUCAAACAGGCCUCAGCAGACCUCAAACCCUUGGCUCCCCAUGUGCCUCACGAGGAAGUGACGGGAAGUGGUACAGGUCGGUUCUACAGCAGCUCUUCCCAGCCAACAGUGUAGUGGAGGUACUGCAGGUGGAUAACGGGAAGAAACAGUUUGUUCAAAUGGAAAACAUUCGAUUCCUGGCUGCAGAGUUUUUCAGGAUGCCUGUUGUGACAUACGUCUGUUCCCUCCAUGGCAUUAUUGACAAAGGAGUCGGAUGGACAGUCCCUCAGAUCGAUUAUCUUAAAACCCUUCUCCUGAACAGGACUGUGAUUGCCAAAUUUGAGUACCAGAGUCUCUCUGAGGGCGUGCACUAUGUGACACUCUACGGAGAUGAAAACAUGUGCAUCAACACAAUGUUUGGCUCUAAGGAGAAAUGUAUUCUUGAGUGUGACGGAUCUCAUGGAGAUUAUGCUGUGUGUAGCAAACUUGCACCAAAACCUAAACACCUCGGUGGAAUGGAAACUCGAGUAAGUCCUCCCAGUGGCGAUGCCACUGAAACACGGGUGAAGUUCACAGCAGAAGAUCUCCAGCUCCAGUCCUCCCAUGUGGCAGUGGUGCAGCAUGUGAGCAACCCAUCAGAGUUCUGGAUUCAAACACAGAGGUAUGCUGUCGAGUUUGAUCAGCUGAUGAAUGACUUGUCUGACAUGUACAGCAACCCAGAGGGUGCAGACAUGAUCAAACAUCCAACAGUCGGUCUUUAUUGUGCCGCCAAGUCUGAAGAUGAUGCUUUUUACAGAGCAACUGUGUCUGGCAUCACUGGCCACCAGUGUGAGGUAUUUUUUGUUGACUAUGGAAACACAGAGAUUGUUGAGUGUGGCAAUCUCCGGGUGCUUCCGGACUGUUUGAAAGAGUUACCUCCGCUCGCCUUGAAAUGUAGCCUAGCAGGCAUCAGACCAAAAGAUCAAAAAUGGAGUCAAGAUGCCUCUGACUUUUUCACAACAGUAGUGGUAGACAAGAUUGUUGACAUCCAUAUAACUGCCAAAUGGGAUGGCGGUUAUGUUGUUAAUCUUACAAAUUCAUCAAGUGAUGGAGAGAGCGAUCUCAGCAAGCUGAUGUGCACAGCUGGAUAUGCAGUACAGGAUGAGAAAACAACAUCAAAAGUUGUCAGUGGGCCUACCGCUCUCCCCACGGCACUGAACCCAGGAGACAUUCCAUAUGAUGCAUACAAGACAAGUUUCACAGCUUUAUCCACUGAGGAUUCAACUGGAAAAGAAAGCAGAACUGCCUUCAAGGAGCAUUUAUUCCCAAUAGGAAGCUCAUUUGAAGUCAACGUGUCCUUCAUUGAAAGUCCAAAUGACUUUUGGUGUCAACUGACAAAGAAUAUGGGCCACCUUAAACUGCUCAUGCAAGACAUCCAAAACUUCUACACAGACAGCCAGUUUCUGCCCCCUGUGGAGACGGCUUGUGUCGCCCGUCACCCAGGCAAUGGAAUGUGGUACAGGGCCUUGGUCAUCCAAAAGCAUGCUACACCUCAUGUCGAUGUACUGUUUAUAGACUAUGGUCAAACUAAGACUGUCUCCAUUCAAGACUUGAGAAAUAUAAACCCUUCCUUCCUGAAACUCCGAGGUCAAGCUUUCCGAUGCAGCCUGUACAACCUCAUUCACCCCACUUCCCAUAAUACUGUCGAAUGGACCGAAGAUGCCAUCGCCCAGUUUCAGGACUUUGUUGAUACUGCAGCAGACAACCACGUGGCACUGAAGUGCACCAUCUAUGCAGUCAUGUUUGAUGCCCAAAAAGUGGUCUUUAACGUGGUGGAUCUGGAAACACCCUUUGUGAGUGUCUGCAGCCUAAUGGUUCAGAAAGGACUUGCCAACCGUGCUCCGUCUAAGAAAGCACCUCCUUCCCCUUUCAGGUUGGACACGUACUACUACUCCACCCACGGCAUCAAAACAGGAACGGAGGAGUUGGUGACAGUGACUAGUGUGAAAAGUGUUAAUCACUUCUACUGCCAGCUAAAAAGGAAUGCCACAAUCAUCGAAGGACUGGCGGAGAGUGUCAAUACCAUGUGUCAUCAGCUGGAGAGUUCAAACUGCCCCCAAACAUUCGGAACAGUUUGCUUUGCCAAGUAUACAGAUGGACAAUGGUACAGAGGACAGAUCAAGGCUACACAGCCCACUGUCCUUGUUCACUUUGUGGAUUACGGAGACACCAUUAAAGUGGACAAAUCGAACUUGCUUCCGAUCCCUAUUGAAGCUAGUGAGAUCAUGUCCGUCCCUGUGCAAGCUGUGGAAUGUGGGCUGUCGGAUAUCCAAGGUGAGGUUUCCGAUGAGGUCAACAGCUGGUUUGAAACUCACAUGACAGACUGUACAUGCAGGGCUCUUGUGGUGGCAAAAGAGCCAAGUGGAAAACUGCUUGUUGAGCUUUAUGAUGGGAAAACACAAGUUAAUGCCAAGACUAAGGAGAAACUUCGCAUCAAAGAGCACAGGAUUGAAAACCAGGGACACAAUGAAAAGGUCACCAACCAGUGUUGUGCUCCUAAAGCAGCUGGACCAGCAGAAGAAAUCCCUAAAAAGAGAAGGAUUCCCUAUCAAGCACCCUACACAACACCACAUCAGAGGCAGACGACUGUCAGGAAUGGGAAUGUCCGAAAUGGUGCAGAGCUAAGAGAAGUCGGUGUCAUUGAGAUGAAAACCGUUCCCCAGAUCGAGACAAAGCGUUUCCCAACUCCCAAGUCACCUCUCAGCCCAGCUCAACAGACUAACUAUGUAGCGCCAAAAGCCAAAGUGCAAACUCUACCAAAGUUAUCAGACUUGCCCUCAAAAUGCAUCGAGGCUGGUUUGGAGACAGAUGUCUUUAUUUCGCACUGCAACAGCCCGUGGAGCUUCUUUGUACAGUUGACCAAGGAGGAAGAUGACAUAUUUUCCUUUGUAGAAAAACUCAAUGAAGAACAACAGAUGACUGAGACUGUAGAUGUCAGAGACUUGCAUCAAGGUGACUUGGUCAAAGCAGUGUUUCCAGAUGAUUCCUCAUGGUACCGUGCGGUGGUACAGGAGGUAUCAAGGAGUGGGACAGCUUCUGUGGAGUUCAUAGACUUCGGGAACACAGCCACUACUUUAGUCUCCAAGAUGUGUAGACUAGACACAUGUUCCAUAGAAUGUCCCAGGUUUAGCAUUCACUGCCUGCUAAGUGGAACACCAGCUCAGGAUGAAAAAGAUGAACUGAACCAAGAAAUCUUGUCCAAAUUCAAAGAAGAAAUUGGAGCAGGCGGUGAUAAAGAGCUGAAAUGCAAGUUUGUGAAACAGUCUGGAUCUGUGUGGGAAGUCAGCCUUUGGGACAGUGGCAGACAGGUCACAUGUGGCAUCCCUCUUAAACAUCCAGGAACCUUAUCUGAUGCGACACCAGAGAGCUCCAUGGGACCCAGUCAAGUAAAAGAAAAUCCCCCAAAAAGCUGUUCUGUACAAGAGUUGGCACCAGAGAAAUUCCCAUUGAACAACAAUGAAUCUGUGUGUUUUUGCAAAGCAGACAUUGCAGUUGGACAGACCAUGGAAGCCUAUGUCUCAACCAUCAUUGGCCCUCAGUCUUUCUGGUGUCAGUCGGCUAAUUCAGAUGAACUUGACAAGAUCACAAAAAUGGUCAGUGAAGCUGGCAGUGAGGUGCAGUGCAAACCAGUUGAGAUUGACACCCUUUCCACUGGAAGUCCAUGCAUUGCUAUUUUUACAGAUGACGAGCAGUUGUAUCGUGCAGAAGUCAGAAGCAUAGAAGGAGAUUACCUGUCCAUUCUCUUUAUUGAUUAUGGAAAUGAGUCCCGAGUUAACAUAAAAGAUGUACGAGCAUUGCCUCCUCUGCUGUUAAACAUUCCUCCACAAGCUUUCCUCUGCCAGCUCGAAGGGUUUGAUGCAUCUCAAGGCACCUGGGAUGACAAGGCAGCAGACCAGUUGUCAGAGCUGAUAACGGACAAGCCUCUUCACCUGACUUUUUUGACAGUGUCCAGUGAUGAAGCGGGCCGGACUACAUGUUUUGUCCACGUGGAACUUGAAGGCCAAGUGGUAAAUGAGGUGAUGAAGGCUUACUGGAAGAGCUAUACAGUGGACGAACCAGAUAGCACUGGCGAGUCAACUCCAUGUGCCAAUCCAUCAUUGCCAUGUGAAUCAGUGCAGAUUGGGGAACAAACAGCUGUGAUGGAUCCCUGUCCACAAGAACCAUCUAAAACCACCACAAAACAAACAUUUGACACUUUAGUUCCAAGUACAGUUCAAGAAGAACUUGACGAUGGGUUCCAUGAGGGCCACAAGGAUUGUCCAACAAUCUUUCCAGGUACAAGUCAGAAGCAUGCUGACGAGGACCCAUACUUGAAGAGCACACUUGAAAAUACAGAUUUUGACAUUGGCCAGAAAGAUGAGACUGAGUCAACCACAGACCUCCUGGAUAAAGACAGAGAACCAACUGAGAAGGAGGAGUUUGAAGUACUGCAGACAGUUGAAGAGAGGACAGAUUUGCCUGCAGCGUUAUCCAACAUGGUGGAAGAUGAUACAAAGACGGUAACCGUGAUUGAGAUAUGUAAAGAGCAACUCAAUGAAGCAGAACAGACGGAUUGUUUGUCAGACAGUUGUGUUUCCAGUGGUGAUAAACUUACACUGGCCUUGGUUGCCAACCAGAACGUGCUCAAAGAAGACUGUGUGGAUCAAGAUAGGUUGCAGGUUUUAUUGUUGGACCAAGCCUCAAGUGUGGUUGACUCAGAAUCUGCCCGGUUAUUAGAAGAGGUCCCUAAAGAGACAACUUUGCCACAUGGUGACCAGAGCCAAGAUAAUAUGUACACAGACGUCUUCAAACUGCAUGUAGAGAACACCUUGGAGAGCCCAGAGCCCAGUCACACUGCCCCAGAGGAUCUUAAAAGCAAAGAUAAGGACUCUUGCGUCACAUCUGAAGAGCUCAAAAAUCUGCGCAAAGAACUUGAGUCCAUAGACCUGAAUGAAGAGAGCAUCUCUGACACUGUUCUUGAGACUGGUUGGGUCAAUUGUCUUUCAGAGUUUGGUCGACUUCAGAGGGCCGGGGAGAACAUUGCUGUUGGAUCCAAUUAUGUAAUCUGGUCCAUAGCCAGGAAGACCUGGUGCAAAGUAAAGGUUUUGAAAGUCUUUGAAGACUCAGUCAAGGUUCUUCUGGUUGAGCAUGAUUCUGAAAUGGUGGUAGAUCCACAGAAUAUCUUAUGCACGUCUUCAGAGUCUGAGCAAAGUGAACCGGACGAGAGUGAACAUCAGUUUGACACUGCCUCGUCAAAUGAAGGGUCCCAGUAUUACUUGGAUGAGGAUACUGACGACAGCGACAACACAAUCUCAGGAGAUGACCCCAACAAUACAACUUCAGAGAAAUUGGCUGUUUUGGAUGAGGUGGUUGGUCCAGACCAAGCGGUUGAGGUGCCACCUGAAGACCCAGAUCAACUGUGCAGUGUCCGGGACAUUUUCGAUCUCUCUCCUUCGGCACCAUUGGAGGACUGUUGUGAGGAGAGAGUUGAGAGUUCAGAUGCGACCACAGCGGAUGCCCUAUCCUGUAUCCCUGCACAGGACAAGUUGAGGGUGGAUGUAAAAGAGGUGCAGCUUUCUUCUGAACCAAAUACAGAGAAUCCAAUGCGAAGAGUAACAAAACAACAUGAAGUUGACUUUUCAAUAUCAGCUUACGAUACACCCGUGUCCGAGACGGAAGCGGCUGUGUCCGAGACGAAAGCGGCUGUGUCCGCUGAUGUGGAGAACGAGUCCAGGGUUAUCAUCCAAGAAGACAAGGAUGUCCUUGUUUCAGAAGCCUCUUGUCCUGAACAAUGUAGAUACGAGUUUGAAGAAGGGACCGAGGCAGAAGUUGUGGCCAGUGCUGUCUCACAGGAUGGGGAUAUUGUGGUAGCUGAUUAUGUGAAGGCUUCCAAUCUUGAUGCUUUUGAGCAUCAGAUGAACUCUGUGACCCACCUCACCUUGAAAGUUGAGGACUGCUCUGACGAGGACAGUGUUAUCUUUGUGAGUGAGACUCUCCCUGCCAAUCAGCAGUUGAGGGACUAAAGAAUGGACUUCUCAUCAGAUUUUUUUUUUGUGUGGAGAUUUUCAAGUUGGGUUUGCCAGUUCAUUAAGCUGCUUUCUGUCAUCAUACACGGCUGUAGCAGAACAUUCUUUAAAGAGAUGAGCAAUUUGUUUCAUUGCAGUUACUUCAUUUAAACACAUUUAUUUUCCAGGUGGAUUGGCCUUAUGCCUCACUCAUGUUGAUUUGUGUUGAUACCAUCAGUAAAGUUAUACUAACAAGUGGGAAAGUUAUUGGGAAAACCUUUGUCCCCACUUUUAACAGCUUUUGUUUGAGUAGAAUCUGCAACAUUGCGUCUGUUUAAACUAAGUUAGACAUUUAUUUUGUACAAUUGUUAAUGUUUCAUUGCUGUUGAAUGCACAUUUAACUGA